AUGUUUCCCAAAAAUCCAUUAUUUAAAGCCUUCUCUAGACAUUACAGUGCCAGACUCAAUGGCAGGAAGAUUUUGAGAUCAAGCUUUUUGCCCGGACCAAUUACACUCCUUGUCGGUGGAGCUUUAGCCGGUAUUGGAGGUUAUUAUCUUCUUGAUUCACGAUCCUCCAUUCAUGAAUACGUGUUAUGUCCACUUAUAAGAACAUUCACAGAUGCAGAGCAAGGACAUAAAUUGGGUAUAUUUUUUAUGAAAUAUGGCCUAGUACCUAGGCUUUUAGACGAAGGAAGAAAUGAUCAAAGCGAUGUGUUGGGUGUUAAUGUGUUUGGCCACACUUUGAAGAAUCCAAUAGGAUUGGCUGCUGGAUUGGAUAAAGAUGGAGAAGCAAUUGACUCGUUGUUCAAUGUUGGGUUUUCCUACGUCGAGAUCGGUUCAAUCACUCCCGAACCUCAACCAGGAAAUCCUCAACCUCGAUUUUUCAGAUUGCCUCGAGAUGACGCAGUUAUUAAUCGCUACGGUUUCAACUCUACUGGGCAUUUCAACGUCAUAGCAAGAUUAAGGGUUCGUUUUACCAAAUUGUUUGAAAAAUGGGAGCGCAGUCAUGCUGCUGGUUUAAUGCCAUUCUCCAAUGCUUUUCAACAGGGAAAAUUAUUAGGAAUAAAUUUGGGAAAGAACAAGACGGGAGACGAAGUUGAGGAUUACGUAAAAGGAGUGUCUAGACUUGGGCCUUAUGCAGACGUACUUGUUAUUAAUGUGUCGUCACCAAACACUCCAGGAUUGCGUGAUUUGCAAAAUGAAUCUAAGCUCACUAACCUUUUGACCACUGUUGUGAAAGAGCGUAACACAUUGCAAACAAAUCUACUCGGAACAAAACCUCCAAUUUUGGUUAAAAUUGCUCCUGAUUUAACCGAGCCGGAAAUCAUGUCUAUCGCCAACUCGGCAAAAGAGGCUAAAGUAGAUGGUAUAAUCAUUUCAAACACUACAAUUCAAAGACCGAAGGAUAAACUAUUGACCACUGAUGAAUCAUUGAUCAACCAAACUGGUGGUCUUUCAGGAAAGCCAUUGAAGCCGUUGUCAUUGAAUGCAUUGAAAUUGUUGAACAAAUACACUAAAGGCUCAGGUUUGGUCUUGGUCGGUUGUGGUGGAAUUUCCAAUGGUAAAGACGCUUUGGAAUUCGCCAAAGCUGGAGCAACUUUUGUCGAGUUGUAUACGGCUUUUGCAUAUAAAGGACCCGGAUUGGUCGCUAAAAUCAGAGAUGAAUUAGCAGCCGAGUUGAGAAAGGAGGGUAAGACAUGGCAACAGAUUGUUAAUGAAAAUGCGUAA